AUGAGUGACGCACGUAUCGAGCAGUAUACCAAGGCCCUCCAGUUCGCCGAAAAGCAGGUAGCCGCCACGGUUAACCAACAUCCGGACUAUUUCCCGAUCUACACCCAGGGUGGUAAGUGGCGUCAUGACAAGGAGUUAUGGACGGAUUGGUGCGCCGGUUUCUUCGCCGGCAUGAUGUGGCAAUUCUACCUCCGCACCGACGAUCCGAGCUGGCUAGAGCGUGCAGAACAUUACUCAAAACUAUUGGAACAUCGCCAACACGAUCGCGACGUCCACGACCUUGGGUUUAUCUUCCUAAGCACCUAUUUGCCUUGGUAUAAGUUGACUAAGGAUAAGCACUUACACGACGUACUCGUCCAAGCCGGCCAAACGCUGGCGAUGCGAUUUAAAGAGAACGGACAGUAUCUCAGAAGCUUUGUGUCUGAUGACUCACUUUUCAUCGACAUUAUGAUGAACGUUCCCAUCAUCUUCUACGCCGCACUGGAGACGGGCGACGAAGAGCUGAUGCGUCGUGCUGUGAACCAUUGCCAAACGACCCGCGACACGAUCGUGCGCGAAAACGGCUCGACGGCCCAUGAAGGGAUGUUCAACCUGGAGAGCGGUGAAUUCCUUAAACAAACUACCCAUCAGGGUUUACGCGGCGACAGCAGCUGGGCCCGCGGUUUGGCUUGGUCGCUUUAUGGUUACUCGAAGUGCUACGAACUGACGAAGGACCAGCAGUAUCUUGACGUGGCGAUGCGAAACGCGGACUUCUGGAUCGCUAAUCUUCCAGAAGAUAACGUGCCAUUCUGGGACUUCGAUGCCGACUUGAGCCAACCGGCACCUUGGGGAGCUCAGAAAGAGACCUCGGCCGGAGCAAUCGCCGCAUCCGGCCUGCUGGAUCUAAGCAAGCAAACUCAAGAUCCAGCCAAGGCCUCUCAGUACAAAGAAACUGCCCUGGCGAUGUUAGACGCACUG